UGUUAUGGGGGAUGAGAAGUAUCAUUGAUCAUUUGUAUUUAGCGUUCCUAGUUUUCUCCUGAAGUGGGAGAGGAGUUUGUCAUCAAGUUUGAUACACAUCAAAGCAUGGCAUUAGUUGAGAAGGAGCUGGAGGAAUAUGACAGCGCGGGUUCUUGGCCCGUAGUAUUUCAGAGGAUAAAGAACGAGUCCUCCAUCAACCACACAGACUUCUCAAUUAAAGAGGCACGGAAACCAGAAAAUAGAACCAGGAACCGAUACAGGGAUGUCAGCCCUUAUGAUCACAGUCGUGUGGUACUGGGUAAAGGUGGCAAUGACUACAUCAAUGCCAGUCUGAUCGAGGCCACAGAGGCAAACCGCAGGUAUAUCCUCACACAGGGCCCCUUGGAGCACACAUCAGGUCACUUCUGGCAGAUGAUCUGGGAACAAAAGUCCAAGGGUGUGAUCAUGCUGAACAAAAUAGUGGAGAAAGGAUCACCAAAAUGUCACCAGUACUGGCCGUUGGGACCUAAGUACAGCGAUGAGGACACACUAGUGUUCAACGACACAGGCAUCAAGGUCACAUUACUAGAGGAAAAUGAGCUCAACUAUUUUGUGGUAUCAACUUUAGAAUUAGAAGAUUUAGAGACCAAUGAAACUCGCCAUGUCCUCCAUUUUCAUUAUGUCACCUGGCCAGAUUUUGGGGUCCCUCAGUCCCCUUCUGCCUUUCUGAACUUCCUCAUAGCAGUGCGUGAGUCGGGGUCUCUGGACACCGAUGUGGGCCCAGCCGUCAUCCACUGCAGUGCUGGCAUUGGAAGAUCGGGCACAUUUUGCCUCGUGGAUACCUGCUUAGUAAUGUUAGAGAAAACUCGUGAUCUGAACAGCAUCAAUGUGAGGGAGGUGCUGAUAAAGAUGCGGUCCUACAGAAUGGGGUUGAUACAGACACCAGACCAGCUGAGAUUCUCCUACUUAGCCGUCAUAGAAGGGGCACGGAGGAUACUCUAUGCUGAUGACUUCUCCAAGAUAGAGAACAACAAUGAAGAUUCCCCACGUAAUGCCACACCAUCAUCAGCUCACAGCAGUCUCUCAGACCUGUCAGAGACGGAUGACCGUGACGGAGAACCUCCCCCUCUUCCUCCACGGAGAUCAUCCAGGCCGGCUGAUGAGGACAACAUGGAAACAAGGAGUGGUGACGGGGACAAUGAUGUUAGUGAACAAGAUAGCGGCUAUGGCGUGAGGAGAAGACUAAGAGAGGAAAGGAAAAAGAAGACGAUAGAUCAGCUAGAGAAGAUGAAGAAGAAGCAGAAAGAAUCAGAAAGAUGGCGCCGACGACGUCCCUACAUGAAGCCUAUAGUGAUUGGGCUCCUUAUUCUAGCUGGGGGGUAUUUAUUAUAUCGUUGGUACUGGUAAUACAUUUGUGAGUGUAUACAAACAUAUUUAUAUCAUCACUGGGAGUGUUGGUUGAUGCAGUUGUUCACGUGUCUCCAUGACUCUGUAUUCACAUGGUAUGAUUUGUACACAUGCAUGCAGUGGUAACAUGAAGAUUCCAACCGAUAAAUCACAUUUCAACACUCAUGUGGGUUUACACCUUGCUAUAGAGUUAUCAGAAAUAGACUUUGUCUCAUUUUCUCUCACCCAGUGACGUGUGUUAAGUUCAUACUACAUGUACAAAUGAGUGACGAGGCAUCCCAUUAAAUAGCUAUUAUCCAAUAGGUUUUUCAUCGGUUGACCUGGAGGGUGUAUUAAGGGGAAUGGGAAUCUGGAGGCCUUUAUGUCUGUUAUUUAAGCUUCACACAUUCUCACUGGUUGGUGAUGGGGCUGGGAGGGAGGGGAUGAGGGCGUUGCGUGGAUGGUUGGUGGAGCUUCAGGUAGCUGUGCAAGUUGAGGUCUGCCCUCCAUCUGUAUAUGAUGAUCUCUUCUCUUUAGAACAGUAUAAUUGUCUGACUUUGCUGCCUUUGAUACAAACUUUCCCAGCUCAGGUUGCCCUGACGUUGACGAAUCAUAGGGAUUUUAUGGACCAAGUGGGUGGCAACUUCACACCUUGACACCCUCCAUGCUUACAAAGACAUGGCCGUCGUUGUUGUCACAGGUAUUAUUUGAGAUCCAAGUACUGUGAGAAUGUCGUCAUCGUCAAAACGGGCAGGCAGUGAAAGUCAAAAGACAUUAUUACAAAGUGGCAUAGGCAUUUCGAGGGAAGGGCGGUUUUGUCAUAGUGACAAUUGAAAUAAAGUUACCGUUUUUAUAGUUUUUAUGUGUGUGUACUUGAUGCACAUGUAGUUAUAAUAUCCACUUCACUAUCACGCGUGACACGUUAACAACAAUAUGUGAUGAAUUUUGCAGCUGCACAUUGUGUUUUGGAAACUUCACAUGCUGGCUUGCAAAAACCAUUGCCACCAUCAGUAUUUAUCAGAAUAUUUCCCAUAUCAUGUAUCAGUAGUUGAACUUUACCCAUUCCAUGAUGGCUAUGUGUUAUUGUAUAGUAGACAACUCUAACUACCCUAAAUGACCUAAAAUUUCGCCCAUAAAAGUGCAUUUUGAGAGGAAAAUAAAUCUCACAGAAUGUUAUUUUUGGUGCUGAAACUUACAAUUUUCUAGUGGAAUAGCAUCCCAUGUUCCAAGUAAACCUCUAAAGACCUUUCUAAACUCAGUAGAACUCUCAGAAUCAGGAAUAAUGGGCAAGUUCGUCAUGGACGAAGUUUAUGAUCACUUAGGGUAGACUUGUAACUCGCUGAAAUAGUCUUUGCAUCUUGCCGUUCUGUAAAGAGUUUUUCUACAGGUGUGGCACUAGUAGGUGAAUUAUAAUAUGAAGGACAGUCAACAUGUAAAUUGCACUCAGGUGAUUAAAUUAUCCAGGAUGUAGGAGGUCAGAAUACUUAAUGGCAGGGAUAAUGAUGAUGUGUACCAGGAUGUGUGCAGCAGCAUUUGUGUUAAAACACAGUUUAACAUUGCCUGUACGGAAAAGGUUCAGUAAAAUUAGUUUUGAAUCAAUUGAUACAUGAACUUGAUAGAGACUACCAGUGGAGACUCAGCACCUGUAUAUUGUACCUGCCAGUCAUAUGGGGAUAGGUAUGUGCAGUGUUCAUACCAGCACAAAUGAUACGUUGUUGUAGAACAAGACGAGAUAUACAUGUACCUUCCGUGUGAAGGACUUGUUUGGAUUGGUUGAACUGAAGAUAAUUAAGUUUACAAAACUAACACAAGGAUGUAUAAAAAGAGGCUUACUUACUAAAUUCUAUGCAAACAGAACAGAGACCAGCACACAAAUAUGGUAGCUACAUAUGGGUAUGUGUAGUCAGGACACCUUUGCGUGGCAGCAAGAGAAGCCUUUACCUGGAUUAGGUAGUCAUUAGAAUUACUGUGUUACAAGACAAUGGCAAAGUUUGUGAGGCUGGUAUUAAACAGAUGAAGAGAUUAUUGAAGUGACAGAAUGCAUGGAUAUAAUAACGAUUUACAUGUGAAUCAGAUAGGAUAAGCCGCUCAGAAAGUUAGCAUUAUGAUAAGCUCCUAUACACCAUCAUAACUGCAUGAAUCAGGAUUUGACCGGUGACCUUUAGGUACUUAAUUUUUUUUGGCUCAUUCAUAAAACUAUCGCCAUGAAAAAUGUGAUCUUAUUUGACUCUAAAACCUAGUCUUGUAAAAAUAUAUUUCGUAUAAUCUUUAAAGGUCAAUUAUAUCCAUGAAUUACUGUACCUACAUGUAUGUAAUGCAGACAGAACAUUACCUACUGUAGUAGUACACAUAUAUAUAUAUAAAUCAGUUAAUCUGUUCAUAGAACCAAGGGUUAAAGAGUUUGUGACAGAGGCCAGUGUACAUGGGGACCAGCACAAGUUACAGGUACAUACAAGUACAUCUUGUAUACCACUGGAUUUACCACUGGUGAAAUGCAGCUUUUUUUUUUCUUUUCUCAGUUACAUUUGCAGGUACAUGUACAUGUAUUUGAACAGCUGAUGCCACACUUUCACUUGGAUUUUCCUCAAUGUAUUCAAAUGUAUUCACAGCACGUGCAAAACUUUCUUUAGAACAGAACAGUUGAUGGGGGGCGGGGGGGCUCCAUAUAUGGCCUCGGUGGUGAAUGUGCGAUGCAGUGACAAAAAAGCCUCUCACCAGUGCUGUGGUCGAGAGAAUGUCUCCCAGCAUCUUAUGGAAGUUUCUCUGCUCAGUUUCCUUCCACCAUAAUGCUGGCUGCCGUUUUGUGGGUGAAAUUUUCUUGAGCAGGCUGUAAAACACCAUUGAAAUAAAUAAAUUCAGUUGCUGAUGGUUGUUUUUGAGGCAGGGGAAAAACAGGAUAGUGCUUGUUUUGUGCAUUAUUAUUUUUUACUUAUACUUCAUUUGUAGAAACAAAUACAUGUAGAUUUUUCUGUGAUGGCUUCAUCACAUACUCACUGGAACUUGUAUGAACAAAACACCAUCAUGAUCUCGACAGGCCCGUUGAAGGAAGUAGGAUUAGGUCCGUUUUAGAUUGUGAAAUUAGUGGAUGUUGCUCUUUAAUUAUUUUUACACCGCACAAAGAUACUCAUUUUACCCACCGUGAAAUUUAAUGUUCAAUGCAAAGGCACUUGUAAAUAGUACCAUCAAAUCUGCACAUGCUGGUAUGAUGUACCUGUAUAAAGAUAGCAUUUGGUGGGAUACUAGUACACCAUACAGUGUAUGUGCCAUGUCUAAGGAUGUAGCUGUAGGAUGUGCUGGCCAGAUGCUCUCUUCCUCUCAGUGCUCUGUGUGGGUGUGUCCAGUCUGGCCAAUAUUUGGCUUCUGUAUUGUACCUGUUACCUUGAAUCUUAACUCUCCAAGUGAAAGAAGACACAGAAAUAAGGUUUGUCAGGAUUUGGCUGAUAAAUUGCUGAUGUGGCAUUAAGCCAUGAUCAUUCAUUCAGAAAUGAGGGAAUGAAACAUGCUGCGAGAUGAAGCAACACUAAAAACUAAAUCACAGCUAUGUUACCUUUACUUAUUUAUAGCUGUGAAAACCAACUAUUCAUUUCUUUAUGUCUAUCUGUCAAACUGUUGAUCUGUGAAAUAUUCGAUGCCUGUGUUUUUGUCAUUGGUUGGUUCAUUAAGUUUUUGAUACCCAUUGUAUUAAUCUUGGCCAAUCACAUUCUUCAAUGAGGGACCACACAGCAAGAUAUCAACUUAUGGCAGAGAGCAUAAAAUGGUGCGAAUUUGCAAUAAUUUUUUUGGUCUUUGUUCUACAUAUAUAGAGCUCUUUGUCCGUUAGUGCGUCCAAAGGUUGUCUUCAUCCUAUCUUUGAACAUUGGACCUUUAUCAUGCCAGAUGACAUCAGCUUUCUGCAGGGUGUUACAGCCAUUGUGAAUCCAAGCUUGGUUCUAUGCUGGAAUUCUGUGUUGGGUUUAAUGGACCUUGUUUAUAAUGUUGGCUGCCAUUGUGUAAAAAAGAAAAACAAAUUUACUUGUUACUGGUUUAAUGUCUGCUGACUGGGUUAAUCAAGCUAUUCCAACAUUACGCAGGCCUACAAUUUACAGGGAAAAGUAGCAUGUGAAGUCCAUGGUAUCAAAAUGCUCCAUAUUAGGCCCCAAUCAGAGUUAAAUGUUGACUGCAUUCAUGGGUUAGUCAAAUAAGUGAAGGUAGGUGUGAAUAUAGUUUUCUGUUGACUUCACAGUAUACCUCUAUCUGAAUAUAAAUAUAUUUUUUUUAAUUUUGGGUGGGGAGAUUCUUUCACUUAAAUGAGUUUUCCAAAUUCCAACUGGUUUUUAACAAUUAUGUCAUUUUACAGGGAUUUGCUCUGUAAGCAUUUUAGUGGUUGUACAUCUAUGUUGCUUGCCUCAUACCAUUUGGUUAAUUCUACUGGAUUCUUGACUGGUUAUGUUGCCUCUCCAGAGAUUUUAUAUUUUGCUAUAUUUCAUCUUGAUCAAAUGUUUUAAUGAAUGGUUACCUCAGUUCAUCAUGGUGACAAUGCUCUCCAUUAUCAAGUUAUUCGAGUCAGGUAUUGAUGACUUUAGCCUUUAGGAGAAGGACUCAAGGUAUGGCAUUCCUUUGCCUUCAAGGCCUAUCUUUAUGAGAUCUGACAUGCUGGCAUAGACAACACUGGAUAAGGUCAGAUUUGAUGCUGUCAUCCUAAAUACCCCAGUGGACACUCUGGUCUUCCAGGAGAAUCUCUCAUCUCCUGCAUGAUGGACUUGUUUCGUCAUUAUAUAUUUUUUUUCUAGACACAUACAUACAUUCAUACCAUUUUCGAGGAUAUUAAGUCAUUUUCGAGCUAAAACAUUGUAUUAGCGUGUUAACCAAUGUUCAUUAUCUCCCCUUGGUUUAGAGUUGCUUCCCCUUUCCUUCCACUUUAGAAUGGAUUCUGUAAAAACAUUCAGAAGAUUCCAGUGAAGAAGUUUAGUGUGUGCAAACUGUGACCAAAGAGUUCCCAAUCAAGAGCAGAUAAUUGAUAAUUGCAGUGCGUUUAUAAUUGUUAAUGUUAUCUAUACUUGAUUAUUUGUUGCUUCAGGAAAGCAGGAAUACAUGUUUUGUUUUGUUCUUAUUUUUUUUUUUUUUUCCUGUGUUUUGUAUCAUGUCCAUCAUGGGUGUGAAAAUAAAACCUCUGAUGUAAGGAGCUAUGUUUUUGGGGGUAUAGAUUCCUUACUAAUGUUGACAUCCGCUAUGAAAGAAUGCCAGUUACAAGACUAAACAGUCAAGUAAUUCUUGAUCAGAGUUUGAAUUAAAAUCAAUCAAUCAAUCCACCAAUCAAUCAAACUAUGGAUAAAGGGAUGCAUCCUCAUGCAUUGCUGGUUGCAAAGAUUGUAAAGUACCACCUUUAUGGGUGAUAUCUGUGCUACUCUGAGUGAACAACAUAAGUUAUUCUGCACUUUGUUUCUGUUACCAUUGUACAUACAGUUUAUACCUGAGUGUUUAUUGGUUGCAUUUUGUCAGGCUUCAUGUAAAGAUUAGGUAGUGAAUAGUUUAAUCUUUAUGAUCAUUGUAACCUAGUCCAAUUGGUAUUGUCUAGACCAAAGAGGAAACCAUAGUGUUCAUUUUGCUAUGCUGCAUGGAUGUGCAAAAUGGAGUGUUUUGUUUUGGGAAACUAGUGUUGUCAAAAAACAAACAAAAAAGGCAGCAUAUUUAUCUGACCACAUUGCCGUGUAAUUGUUGCGGUCAGCAGCUUUUUUCAACCUCACUGCUGACUGCUGUCAUACAAAGUGCUCUUGGUCGCAAAACAUGUAAUUCACAAUUCUGUUAUUUUUGUUCCUUUUUUUUAAGAAAUCAACAUCAACUGCAGUAUGAACACAUGCAGGUGUAAGCUUCUGAACGAUUCCUGGAUUGACAUUUGCUUGAAAUUAUUCAGCAUACAAUGCCAAUGGAAAGGCCACUGUGUAUAUUUGUUUCUUGUACAUUCUGUGUGGUGAGUAGAUGUAAGCUUUGGUCACAAUGUGCACCCUCUCACAGUCCCUGCCCAUUCUAACGUUUGGUGCUCCAGGGUCACCUGUUUAGGUAUGCACUGGAAGUCUACUCGGGCUUUAAUCUGAGGCCCAAUACUUAAGUCUCCUCCGGCAGUAUUAUCAAUAUUUGGGAUUUACACUUUCUGGGAAUAGCACUGCCACAGAUUGCUUUCCUGAAAAUUAACCAAGACUUUUCCGACCAAUGACCUCAGUGUAAUUAGGUAUCUAAUCACCAGCAAUGCAUGUCAGCGGUUAGAUCACCCCUAUAUGCAGGCAGUGUAAAUCACAAGUGAGGAUAAUACUGUAACAUAAACCACUUUCAUAUGGAGUUUUAGUCAGGACCAAAUUUAGUUGAUAGAAUUGUACAGAUUUGCAUCAUUUAAAACACACAUGAUUGGCCACAGCUUUCACAAAAUUUUCUCCGCUAUUGUAUGAUACUGGUUUUCAUACUUGUUUCUAAGAUCAUGUUACCCAAAGCAUUGAGGUGUAAAUAGUUUUUCACACCCUUGUGGUCAGAGGCCAUUUAGUGAAGCACUUCUGUUACUCCUGUGUCCAGAUUAUAAAGAAGUUUUUGAUGUUAAGCAUUCCAUUUACCUGCAUAUCUCAUUGUUAUUUGUAUUUGAUACAAGAAAAGAAGUUUGGAUUCAGUCACCAGCUGUUCUGCUAUGUUAUGCUUCCCCUUGGCAGUGUUAGCUGUAAUGCCAUGUUUGUGCUUGUCGCAUAUGAUGUAAGCAGGUCUUUUUUUUAAUACAUUAUUUCUUGUUUGUGAUCUUCAAUGGGGAGCAACUCUUGUAUAAAGGGUGGCAAGUUUUGAAAAGACUUCUGAUCUUUUCAUGUCAGCUGUAAAUAACAAAGCUACCCUAUGACCCGUCAUAAGUGGCUGACAAAAACAGAGUUCACCUGCAAUCAAUCAAAUCAGUCAUACUUCUACUGCUCCCCCUGCUGGUGUUUUAGUAAUGUCAUGUCGCCACUCGUCAUGUUUGUGAAGCUGAUGAUGUGCAUGGCUUUUACGGUAUUUGAACUCUUGAUGUUAACCUUUGUUUAUUUAGUAGGUAAGUGCUAGUGUAUUCCAUUUGUAGAUUUAAGUGCUAGAUUAUAACAUACAUGUACAAGUACAUAUAUGUUUUGGUGGACGGUUUAUAUGUUAGCUAUCACUUAAUGCUGUGAUGAGGGGAAUAAUUUCAGUUCAAAUGGCCUAUUCCAUUUUGGAGUUGUUUUUUUUUCAGCAACUAAUCCCUUCAAGAUAAAAGUGAUUUAGACUUAAACUCAGAAGUUUUAUAUGUCCAUUACCAAGGCCGGUUUAAAAUUUUCCAGUGUGAAGAGCAGUUGAUGCAAAAGUAUUCUUCACUUGAGUGGAAAACUUAACUUAGUGAUAGGCAAUAACAAUCACAUAAUCAGGUUGUUAUCAAGAGUUUCCACCAAUCAUAUUCUUUUGUACUCAUUCAACAUUAAAGUAUCAAAAUAUCACAUGCUAUGGCACAUCCAAUAGAGAGAAGGUUGUAUUAUAUUUCUUAACAUUUCAUGGAGUUUGUAUAUCAUAUUGUAGCAGUUUUGAGACCAAGAAUGAAUUUCCAACAUGAAUACA